AGACCCCACCUACAUAGGCCCUUUAAUUGAACAACUGUUCUUAGCUUCCCCGCCACCCUCGAGGCAGGGUUUCUCUGUGUAACCUUGGUUGUCUCUGAAACUCGCUUUAUAGACCAGGCUGGCCUCGAACACCUAGUGCUGGGAUUAAAGGCAUGCACCAUCACAGCCUGGCGAACAGCUGUUCUUAUUUUCAUUUAUUUAUUUAUUCACUCAUUCAUUUAUUUGUUUGUUUUUCGAUACAGUGUCUCUGUAGCUUUGGAGCCAGUCCUGGAAUAGCUCUUGUAGACCAGGUUGGCCUCAAACUCAGAGAGAUCCCUCUGCCUCUGCCUCCCUAGUGCUGGGAUUAAAGGCGUGCACGACCACCGCCCGGCCGGACAGCUGUUCUUAAGGACGGUCUCAAGUGACGUUCUUAGAAGGUGCUUCCUUUCAAAGGAAGAAGCAGGCGCAGGCAUAUACCGGCUUCACAAAUCCUAAACACAGAACGGACAGCGGACCAGACCCAACGCGGGACCUGGCUCCUUCCAAAGAGCUGAACUUUAGAGCACAGCCCUCGAGGAUAGCUCCGCCCCCAGAGCGCGGGCGCUGAUUGGUCAUCGUAAUCGCAGGGCGUGGCUAGACCUUAAAGGUCCCAGAGCUUAGUAGGCCGGGUGGAGGCGGUGGCUGCUCCAGAACCCCAGAGGAAGAGAUGCCUCAAAGGCCCAUAUAGGUUUCUUUAAAACCUCGCUAAUGUCCAGACUCGAGUCCCAGAUCUAUGGAGCCCACCAGAAACUGUCCACUGUUCGGAGGCGCCUUCUCGGCCAUCCUCCCGCCUGGGGCCAUUGAUGUGAGCGACCUCCGACCGGUCCCGGACAACCAAGAAGUUUUCUGCCAUCCCGUGACCGACCAGAGUCUGAUCGUGGAACUUCUGGAGCUGCAGGCCCACGUGCGGGGCGAAGCGGCUGCGCGGUACCAUUUUGAGGACGUUGGCGGGGUGCAGGGGGCUAGGGCCGUGCACGUGUUAUCUGUGCAGCCUCUCUGUUUGGAGAACUUAUCCCUGAGGGGCAGCUGUCAAGAUGCCUGGUUCCUUUCUGGCAAGCAGCAGGUAGCUAAAGAAAACCAGCAGCUCUAACAGCAGGUCUCUUGGCCCUGAAAAUCUGUCAUGUCCACCUUGGAACCUGGGUAACUUUGAACAACUGGUGACUAGUUUGACUCUUCACGACCCCAACAUCUUUGGUCCCCAGUAAAGAUGGCGGAACACAACA